AUGGUAGCGUGGGAAUAUACGGUGUUGCAGAGUCUCGAGAUGAAGAUGUAUAAAGGUCAGAAGUAUCUGCGUAAGACUUUUUGCACCUCAGGCAUUCGUUCAACUUGUAUACUUCGAUUCCCUUACUUCUUCGGCAAGACCAUCAACUCACUCCUAUCAGUCAACAUGAAGUUUUCCCUCGCGUUCGUCUCCGCCGCCAUUGCUGGCUCCGCUCUGGCUCGUCCCUCUACGCUCGCCGGACGUGUUCAGUCUCGUGCGGAUGGCACUCGCCGCCACAGGUCUCAGCCCCUGGUAGAGGUCGGCAGCACCUUCAAGGAGAACGCCAAGUUUGUUGAGGGUCUUGACAACAGCACCGCCCAUGUCGAAUACUCAUCCAACUGGUCCGGUGCUGUUCUCGAACAACCAUCUUCUGGUUACUUCACGUCCGCUACUGGCCGCUUCACCGUCCCAACUCCCAAGCACGUUGGUUCUGACGGUGAUGAGUCCGGCUCGGCCUGGGUAGGCAUUGAUGGGGACUCUUGCUCCAGCGGUCUCCUUCAGGCCGGUAUCGACUUCACUGUAACCAGCUCUGGUGCUGUGUCCUACGACGCCUGGUACGAGUGGUACCCUGACUAUGCGUACGACUUCAGCAACUUCGCUGUCAACGCUGGCAACGUUAUUCAGGUCGACAUUACGGCCACAUCGACCACCAAGGGCACCGUCAAGUUGACCAACGUCAGCACCGGCAAGAGCGUCAGCCAGACUCUCAGCGCGCCCAGCGGCUCUGUCUUGUGCCGUCAGAACGCUGAAUGGAUUGUUGAGGACUUCGAGAGCGGUGGCAGCCUGAUUGCUCUUAGCAACUUUGGUACAGUUGUCUUCACUCAGGCCAGUGCUGCUCUUAGCACCGGCGGAUCUGAAAGUCUCAGCAGCGCUACUAUCCUCGACCUCAAGCAGGAUAGCACUGUCUACACUGAUGUUACCAUCAACAGCGACUCGCAGCUCACCGUCAAGUAUGUCUGA